GAGAGUACAUGGCUUCCGUAUAGCUGGCUCGUACAGUGGGGUUUGUGGUAAAGUUACUUCCGCGCGUUAACCGGUUAGCGCAGCAACGCUCCCUGCCCCCUGUGCCUUCGGCUGGGAGGAUACUGCCUCUCGCUGAGAGCUGUGAGGUCGUGAGAACUCGUCGGCUCCUGGUUUUAAGUGUCCUGAGGAAAGGGGGUUCGGAUGGAAGGCCGGCUGGUUGGCCAUCUCCGAUCCAAGUAGGCCCUUCGGCUUGCUAAAGGAAAGGAUUCCUGGGAGGUCAACCUGCUCAUUUAUUCUGAAGGAGUUCAUUGACUUCGGAUGGAUUUGGAAGUUAAAGGAGUUGCUGCAUCCCCUCGAAGACAGGCUCAGCUGUCAACGCGUGGGAAGAAAUACCAGGGCUGGAGACCAGAUACACGGGCUACUCGUGGUCCUCGCCCACCAGAGGUGCCAUGCCUAGAUCUAAGGAGGCUGAGAGAUUCUGAUGAAGAGGAUGGGGACUCUUACAUACCAUACAGUGGAAGUUAUUGUCAUGCAUGCCCUCCAGAUUCAUCUUCAGAUUGGAGAAUAUUACGAAAGCCAUAUACACAGCAUCAUCAGGCUCAACAGCAUAUUGUUUUGGACCAGAAGACAAUAGCAGAAAAUCUGUUAUCCCCAACAGACAGACAUAACCUGAAGUAUCGGCUGUGUGAAGCAGACAUGAAGGAAGAAUAUAAGCAGUAUUCUCAGAGAACUGCAGAAAAGAAAAAUUACCUCCUCCAGUGUCCAGAAGCUUCAAUAAAGGGUAUACAGCUUAAAGAUGGACAUAAUGAUGAUCUUACAGCUCUUGAUGAGAAAGCUCUCCUGCAACAGUGCUAUACAAACAAGCCCUAUAAGAUGCUGCACAGUAUAAGGAAAUCUGAAGCUGAAGAUGUUGCUGCAGAGAGGAGAAAACAGGCUGUGGUAGAACAAGUGAUGGUGGAUCACUUAUCUAGAGCUGUUAUAAGUGAUCCAGAGCAGUCCAUGCCUGCUGAUGUUUACAAGGAAGCUCAAGGACUUCUUCGCCUUGGGACAGCACCCAUGCGUCUUAGAAAGAGAACACUGCAUGAAACAAAAAUACGGACCAAAUCAGGAUUAACUGAAAACAUGCUCUCUAACAAGUUACGCUUUGAUAGUAGGAUUAUAUCGAGAAAUGGUCGAGAUGCUUGUAGAGAGUUGAUUGGAUUUUUUUUUGCAUGUGACAGAUCCCUUACUGUGUAUGAAUUUCGGCAGUUUGGAAAAAAUAGAACAAAUGCAUUGCCUUUCAUUCAGAAGGGAGUUUAUCAACAUCAGCGUGGGCAAAAGAAGGAAAAAGCUUAUGAUCUUAGUGACUUCUAUGUUGGAGCUAACCUAACUUUCCGAAGUGCUGAUCAUAACCUUCCAGAAAGUGUUAAACAGAACCCAAUUUUCACCCUUCGUGUGAUAAGUAUUGAUGAAGCAGCUAUGGAUUCUCUUAAAGCUUCUAUGGAAUUCAGGCAAGAGUGUUUUCAGCAAGUGGUCGAUGACAGCAAAGUUUUCAAGAAGAUUCAAGGUAUACUCAGAGAGGCGCUAAGUAAAAGAGGAUUUCGGGUUAUAACAGGCAUAGGAAAGUAUUUCCGACAAGUAGACAAGAAGAGAAAUGGUUUUCUCUCCCAGGCAGCCUUUAAAGAAGCUCUGAAACUAUUCCAUUUGGAAAUUCCUGAAGGGGACUUUGAAUCCCUAUGGCUUAUUCUUGAUGACAGCAAGAGUGAUAAGGUCGACUAUGGAGAAUUUACUCGUGCCGCAUUUGGAGAAAUGAAUGAAUACAGAAAAGCGUUUGUAAGAAAAGCAUAUAUGAAACUAGAUUUCAACAAAACUGGCAGUGUGCCUAUGGUAGAUAUCAGAAAAUGUUACUGUGCAAAGAAGCAUCCUCUAGUGUUGGCAGGCAAAGCUACAGAAGAAGAAAUUAUAUCAUCAUUUCUAGAAACAUUAGGGGAGUCCUGCAGCAACCCCAAUGAAGUGUCCUAUUCUGAGUUUGAAGAUUACUAUGAAGGAUUAAGCAUUGGGAUCAUGGAUGAUAAUGAUUUUGUUAAUAUCUUAAGGAACCCUUGGGGAAUUUAAAGUGGAAGAUGACAAAAGUGAAGAAGAGGCAUUUUCUAAAUAAGGAGUGAGCUAAAUAAGGGAGGAUUUAGUCUUGAUGUGCCUUUCUUCAUAAUUAGUGUCUUAAACUGAUUUCAGGCACUGAAAAUUUUAGCUGCUUUCAGAAUAAUAGGUGGCAAGUUUCUUAAAGUGUCCGUUGAGUCAUGCUAACCACUUUUGAAAUUUAUAAAUGCUGUUCAGUCCUUUUCAUUGGAAAUAAUGAAGACUGUUUCCCAUACCAAAAGGCAUAAUUUACUUGAUACUAGAAUGAAGUGGCCUAUUUUAAAAUAAGGAGGAAUUAUAAUACUAAAAUUCAGGAAGGGGUAUACGUAGGAAGAGAAAUUAGUUCACAGUGAUGCAUUGUGAAAAGCUUUAGAUUUAACUGUAUAAAUAUCAAUGGUGGUUUCUCUUCAGUUUUCUUCUUAUAAAAGUAGUAUGUUUACUCUUAUAGCAUACUUUGUCUCAUUUCUUGUUUCCUAUGCUGGUACUUAGCUUGAAAGAGAGCAGGUCAUCCUUUUCCAAGUUCGAUGAUGUCUGCAGUACUCAAAGGACAGAAAUGUUGACACCAUUUAGCCCUUUGGCCUGUAGACCGUCUUGACCUUAUUUUUUCAUCUUUGUCAGGCAGCUGAAGCUCAGCAUUGAAUCCCAAAGGUUUCAGUGAGCACAUAUAUGUUUUGUAAUGCACUUAUUCCUUUUCUAUAUUUUGCUAGUAGUUUUCAAAACAAAUAAUUUAUAUUUAAAUAUCUGGUUUCUUUAUUUUCUGUUGCUGUGAUUUUCAUUUUUUUUAGCUAAAACUUAGCAGUGGUAUCUGUUGUCAAACUGAUAUAUAGCAUUUCCUAUCUGCUCUGAAAGCAUAAAACUCAAAAGUGUAAAAACAAAACCCCAAACCUAACCAAAGCAAAACAACCACCUCUGUCACAAGAAAAAUAAAAUCAUGAAUGAAAUAUUCCUUGCUACUUCAAAUAUUCAGCCAGAUGCACUUUUCAAUAUAAUACAUGUCAUUAAUUCUGUAAAAUUCUUUGUGUUAAGAAAUAAGAGCUGUACUAUUAAUUAUGUAGAGAGAGAUAUAGAUAAUCCUUGGUUUCAAUAUAACUGUCACCAAAAUUAACUGUAAACUGAACUGCAUUUCUUAAGCCUAUGCAAUUAAAAUAUAUUAGUAU